UAUCAAUACUUCAGUCCUGAUUUUAAUCAUUGGGCUUGUGUUCGCAGUCUAAUUUUCAUGAAGCCACAGUGCAGAGCAUGAGAUACAACUCUAAAGAACAGAAGCAGGGGGGAGGUCUAAAAACUGCAUCUCUGCUUACUCAGUGUCAGACUGCUCAGUGAAACACGGCGUUCGUGGCAGUUUGGCCUUAAUUUAAGAGCAGUUUACUCAACAUGGAGGCAGCAUCCUGCGUUUGGCACUUCUUCUCUCUUUGGCUGCAGCAGGGAAAGAGUUAACGCGCCGAUCCGUCCCCCUGGGUGCUGGUUGGGUCGCCUGACUGUGCUGAGGGAGGAUACUUGAGGAGAUGCAACAGAUCUUUUCCCAACAAACUGCCAUCGUCUCGUCCUCCACCGGCAGAAAAAUGAUGGAUUUUUCUAAUUUACGUUGACGACGUCCUUUCUUUCUGGGUCUGUAGAGACGCUAUUUUCCUUCAAACUUCUGUUCAUCUGGGUGCUAUGCGGAGAUAAUGCGAGCGCAGGACGCGCAAAACUACAUGAUGGAGCUUCUGCGCUGAAGGUCGUGAAAAAUCCCCCCUAGACGCUCCUCCUAUGCAGCCGCCUGGAACUUAAUGUAAUGUUAUCGCAGUAAUUCGAAAUUAAAGGACAAGUUUCCAGCCGCUUCCAGCUCGUCCCUCUGCUUUGGUCUCAGUCGUCUGGAGAGCAUCAGGUGGUUCUGUGUCGUGUCCCCCGCGGCCCCCCGGCACCCAUGUGGCUCUGCUGAUCGCACCAUGCUGAGGCUCGUCACGGCGCCCGGCUCCUGUCGCUCGUGCAGAUGAUAGACGUUGGAAAGCGCAGACGUUUCGCCAUCGGCCAGCGGCCCGCCCGUCCAAAUCUAUGAUCAGCUCGGUGUGUGUUUCGUCUUACCGCGGGCGCAAGUCAGGCAACAAACCUCCGUCCAAAACAUGUCUGAAGGAGGAGAUGGCCAGGGCCGAGGACUCGGAAAAGAUCAUCCUCAACGUGGGCGGCACGCGCCACGAGACAUACAAGAGCACGCUUAGGAGCCUGCCGGGCACGCGGCUCGCGUGGCUCGCCGACACGGACGCCACCACCGCCACCACGACCAGCACCACGACCACGACCAUCACGACCACAGCCACCACCAACAACCCCACCACCACCACCGCAAACGAGUUCUUCUUCGACCGCCACCCGGCCAUCUUCGCCUACGUGCUCAACUACUACCGCACGGGCAAGUUGCACUGUCCCGCCGAUGUGUGCGGGCCGCUCUUCGAGGAGGAGCUCGCCUUCUGGGGCAUCGACGAGACGGACGUGGAGCCAUGCUGCUGGAUGACGUACCGGCAGCACCGCGACGCCGAGGAGGCGCUCGACAUCUUCGAGCCGCCCGAGCCCGACAACGACGCCGACGACGACGAGCGCCUGGGCAUUGAGGACGCGCCCGAGCGCGCGCGCGGCCGCUUCGUCGCCUGGCAGCCCAAGAUAUGGGCUCUCUUCGAAGACCCCUACUCCUCUCGAGCCGCAAGGAUCAUUGCCUUUGUCUCUCUGUUUUUCAUCCUGGUCUCCAUCACCAACUUCUGCCUAGAGACCCACGAGGCCUUUAACGACCUUCAGAACCGUACUGAGGUGAUUGCUGAAGGCAACACCACAAGGGUGGUGGCCACUCUGGAGGUGGUAACCAAGCCUGUGCUCACCCUAGUGGAGGGCAUCUGUGUGGUGUGGUUUACCUUUGAGUUCCUGGUGCGCAUCAUCUGCUGUCCUGACAAGCUGGUCUUCAUUAAGAACCUUCUGAACAUAAUUGACUUUGUGGCCAUUCUGCCCUUCUAUCUGGAGAUGAGUCUGAGUGGACUGUCUUCCAAAGCCGCCUCAGAUGUGCUCGGGUUCUUGCGAGUGGUGCGUUUUGUGCGGAUUCUGCGGAUCUUCAAGUUGACUCGACAUUUUGUAGGGUUGAGGGUGCUUGGCCACACCCUGCGAGCCAGUGUUAAUGAGUUCUGCCUCCUUAUCAUCUUCCUUGCCCUUGGUGUCCUCAUCUUUGCCACCAUGAUCUACUACGCUGAGCGUAUCGGUGCAGACCCGAAUGACCCUCACGGCAUCAGUCACACUCAUUUUAAGAACAUUCCAAUCAGCUUCUGGUGGGCAGUGGUCACAAUGACAACCCUGGGUUAUGGGGACAUGUAUCCUCAGACCUGGCUGGGUAUGAUGGUUGGUGCUCUGUGUGCGUUAGCAGGCGUGCUGACCAUUGCCAUGCCUGUCCCUGUUAUUGUAAAUAAUUUUGGAAUGUACUACUCCCUGGCCAUGGCCAAACAGAAGCUGCCCAAGAAGAAGAAGAGGCACCUCCCCAACCCUGAUGCAGUGUUGGAUUCAGCCUCGUUUGGAAAAUCGGAGAGCAACUCCCAUAGGAACAGCACGCAAAGUGACACAUGCCCUCUUGCACCUGAGGAGAACAUUGUGAGAAACCGUUCAGACUCAAAGCAGAAUGGGGAUGCUAAUGCAGCUCUGUCAGAUGAAGAGGGCUGCAGUCUCACCCAGCCACUUUCCCCCAGUGAGAAGUGGUCCUUACGACGCUCACGCAACCGAGACAAGGGCAAGAAAGAGGGCACCUGCUUCCUCCUGACCUCCGGAGACUUCUCCUGUGGAGCUGAUCCCACCAUCCGCACAGAGACCUGCAAAGACGCCCUUGCGGCAGCAGCCAGCUAUACCCAGCCUGAAGUUACUACCUUGACCUGAAGCACCAAAUGCAUCAUGAUGGAGCCUGCCGACCUCUUUAGGGGUGAUUGGGGUCACUCUUUCAUCCAGCAGUCACAUCCAUGCAUUAUGUUCCCUUCCCUUAAACAACACAUUCGCGUGCUAGUAGUAUAUGUAACGCUUUUGAUGGCAUAGUCACGUACACAUCUACUUGUCUUCAAGCAUCCCAGCAUGUCUUUGCAUGACCUUGCUCUGUAUGUCAUACCUUGGAUCUGAAAUAACAUUGAUGUACUUAAUAACUAGGGCACAUGAGUGUACUCUAUGUCGUCUUACCUGAGGUGAAUUCUCACAAUGCCGUUAACAUUGUAAGCAUCAUUGUGGAAACCUUUGUUCCAUAUGAGCAAUAUUUCCUUUAAUCUUCAGGAACUUUUAAACUGUUUGUGAGUGGCGAAGUUUUUGAGGUAUAUGAUAUCAGAGUUGGAUUUUCAGAAGCGAACACAAGCUCAUGAGGUGUGCCAUAGAGUACUGUAGAACCAAUGUCUGAUAAUUGCUUAGUGAAGUCAUGCCCUUAUAUCGGAUAAAUCUAGUUCUAUAAAUCAUCACUGUCCUUAUGAUACAAAUCGGGAGCUCGGCUUUGUUUUGACUAAAGCAUAGCAGGUCUGUAUCUGAUCAGCAUCAUUCCACAGCUCUGCUUCUCUGCUAAAGAGACAGCAGCAGUGUGCAAUGGACCCGCAGAACACACUGGAACUAAAGAAGUUGCUUCUAAGAAGCCUUUUGUCUCUGGGAAACCCUUUUAGACAGCUGCUUUGAAGAGCCAUUUUCCAAAGACAUGAUUUUUUUUCCCCCUUUUUUUCCAAGAACCACUUGAAAAGGGGUUAUUGUAGGGAUUAAAAAAAGAUUCUUUGAUGCACCUCUGUUGAAGAGCACAGAAGCGCUCUGAUUUUCAUGGCUCCAAUUGAAAUAACCACCAAUCAAUUCCUUAUAAAAGAGCCUUGAAUCACUUGUCUUCAUUUUUUGUGACCAUCUGUAAUGUCACUGGUUGAAAGGGGACCAAGCACCAUUAUGGUGUAUAUGUGAGUGACUACCUAAACCUCCUAUAUAGGGAUACAUGCUAUAAUCUGCCCCAGUUGUGCCUACUGUCACGUAAUGGAGAAAACUGCCCAUUGUUCUUGGAGAAGUGAACGUAUGUCCAUCAUAUUUGGACACAUGGACAGAGGAAGAUAGAGUAUAAUCUGUCAAACAGGCGAGUCG